UUUAUUUGUAUCCUGAGCCGUGGCCGUAUGUUUACUGUCAUCGAAUAUAGAAGGUAAUCUAUCAAACAACAAAGCGAAACAAACAAUAGUUCUUAUGCCUUUUAAACUGUGGUGACCUCGCUCUGAUAAUUACUCACCAGUCCCUUUGUCAUCAGAUGUAGAUGACAGGACUCUGGAGUAAGAGUUGGAUUCUGUCUGUAUUGGUUUACAUAUGCAGUACUCUACCACCUGUCCAAGUUUUCCUCGACAUACUAAGGAUAAAUCAGUUUAUUUUGAAUAAUGUCAUCACCAGAAUUAGAGUUUUAGGGUUUGAAACCUGGCAUUUUGUUAAGUGGAUUUCUGGGUUAAUAUUUUUGACACUUUAAUUACAGACUGAGGUAAAUCAUUCAUUAGUCACUUGAUUAUUAUAGAGAUCUUAAAACUAGGCUUUUAUUAUCUGUAAUUUUCUACAGUUUAGAGACUUCAAAUAUUUGUAUCUGUAACUUAGUUUCUUCCUCUCCUGCUUUAUGGACAUCAACAAUUCAUUUUCUCUGUAUUUAUGUUGGGUUCGAUUGGUGCAGUGAUUCAUGUAGAAGGUUCUGGGUUCGAUUCCACCCAAUCCCCAACUGCGAGUUCGCUUGGGUCGCAAGGACAAACUGUAAAUUAUUAUAUUUUCUGUAUUCUGUUUCUGUAUUUUACUCAGAUUCUCCUAAAAGUUCUCUUGAAAAAAAAUGAAAGGCGUAAAAUUGACAAAUUAUGAAUCACUUUGAAGUGGUUUUUGGACCUGAUGCUGUAUUUUACAGGUUGCCCACAGAACUUAGCUGCAGUAUACAAUGCAGUAUGCUGUGUACUGUAAUACUGCAUAGGCUUCUGCAUAGGAACUGUAAAAGAUACAUAACACCACUGCUCCAGAACACACAUGCAGUAUACAGUAUCAUUCUUUCAUCAGAGCCAAUCAAAUUUGUUUCCUGUGGCAACAGGUGUGACCUUUACCCUGCAUGUGUCCAAUUCAAAUGCCAGAUCAGUGGACCAGGAAAAUCAAAACACUCGAGUGCUUCUGGCAUUUCCAGAAUUGCCUCUGUCUCUCUGCUUUAUUCUCUCUGCUUUGUUUGUGUCCUCAUAGAAGAAACAAGCUGUGUCAUACCCAGAUGUGACAGCUGGUGGCGUUCUCUCAGAAUUCUCACACUCGACCGAGGGCCCAGCGAGGCUACGCUGACGCUGGCCUGAGCAAAGCUGCCUGGCUCAACGGAGUCAUGUGGAACAAACCCGAACAGGUGGAGAGAGGAGAUAGAGUCCAGGACAGAGGACAGACGGGGUUGAUCAGUAUGUCAGGAUACUGCAAGGAGAGAAUUCCCUUGGGCGUCACUGACCUGGAGCCGUGUGUUCCUGUCUUCAGCACCAAACACUUGACCUCGCGUAGUCCGAACACCGGCACAUCUCUAACUCCGGUGGGACAAUGUGGGUUCUGGAUAAGAUUCGUGGGACAGUGGAGACUAGUGUGUUUCGACAGGGAGACAAUGGAGACAAGAAAGGCGUCACCCCAGCCUACAGUAAUGUCCUCACCCCUGACAAGAUCCCAGACUUUUUCAUCCCUCCCAAACUGAUCAACUGUCCCCCAGAGCCUGAGAUUCUCCACGUGAAGUCCAAGGAUGUGGUCCAGCCAUCACCCUCGGAGCAGAACAGCCGCAGUGGGAAGAAGAGCAGCAGCCAGAGGAGUCCUCGUCUGGUGGCUAAAAUUGCAGGAGACACCAAGAACUUGCUGAGAGCAGCAAACCGUCACAUCAUACAAAUAGAGAGUGCCGAUGAUGUCGCGGCCGGGGACACCAACGCAGACCCUCAGUCACAGACGGCCAUGUCCUUACCGUACAUUCCCAAGACUCAGACAUCGUACGGCUUCACAACCUUAAAGGAGAGCCCACACACUCGCCGAAAGGAGUCGUUAUUUCACUGUGAGCUCACCAGUCCCAUGACCUCCCCGAACGCACAGAGGAAGACCCAGGGGAGAAGCGGCGAGACAGGAAACCACCUGACUCCCGCUGAUGUCAACACCUCUCACAUGAACCCGUAUCGAUAUUUCAGCGGUGGAGAGAGUGACACCUGCUCCUCAGCUGAGUCGUCUCCUUUCAGUUCUCCACUGCUCUCCCGCUCUGCGUCUUUGCUCAAGAUCUUCACUCAAGAGACAACGGCCAAGGUGGUGAAAGCCAAGCGAACGUUCGCCCGCCACAGCUCCCUGUCCACUGACGAGUGCAGCUCUGCAGAGCCCAGCCCCAACAUCCAGCGGCGCCUCCACAUUCCUUCCUUCCAUUACAGCGCCACCCCUGCUGACCACAGCCUCCAGCAGGAGCACACCAUCAACCUGCACAAGGGUGGGGCCGUCAGAAUCAAUGCAAACUACGACUCCAGCACUUCCCGCCUGCUGAUCCGUGUUCUGGCGACAGAGAAUCUUUACGACAAGCACUUUGAUGUGAAGAGCAUCAACUGCUGUGUGUCCGUGUACCUGAACCCGGGCAAGCUGCAAAAGCAGAGAAGCAACAUCAUCAAAAACAGCCGCAACCCAGUCUUCAACGAGGACUUCUUCUUUGACUCCAUCACCUCGGCGCAGGUAAAGAAUCUGUCAGUGAAGUUCAAAGUGGUGAACAAAGGCACCAGCCUCAAGAGGAACACGUUGCUGGGAGAGAGAGAGGUGCCGCUAAUGAAGCUGCUGCCUGGGCUUUAAAACAACUGAAGUCAAGUGAUGGAACUGAUUGAACCUCAUAUUAGAUGUUUGCACAACCUGCUCUUUAUAAUGUUCAAGAUUUACCCAGUCUUUAAAGAUGAGACGAUAUUCACACACAUAAUAGAAGAAGAAAAAAGUGGAACAAAAAAUGAUUUGUCUUAGUGUAGGUUCUCCUUGGUUCAAACAUUGAACUCCUACUGAGGCAAACUCAGAUCUUUUUUUUUUUCAGACACCCGCCGACCACUGCUCUCACCCAAAGCUAGUUCAAAGGUCGUAGUACACCUGUGAAGCAGCCUGUCUCCGUGUGCUCAUUGUGCUGUGUGCUAUGGUUAUUCAUGUUUGUCCAGAGCAGCAGAGGAUGGCAGUCUGUACGAACUGCUCUGUUCAUCUAGACAGUGGACUGCAUCAACAGAGCAGUUCUUGUCCUGCGAAUCAGAAAAGCAUAAAAGCAACAAUGCUUUUGUGAAUCAGCCCGAGCUUUGAAGUGGCACUACAUCCUGAGGUGCAAAUGAACCUUUGAUCCCAGUAACUAUGGCACGCCUCCUACAGAGAGAGCGAGGACAAUGAUGAUGGUGUUAGAUGUAUAAUCACAUUUCAAUUAAUAAUGCAAGACUAUGCUUAAACACGACGUGGUUGUAGUCCUCUGUAACAGAUUUAUCACUGCGCGUGUGUUUGCGUGCAUGCAUGUGUGUGGAGUGACAGUUAAAGUUAACAAACAUUUGUCAAUGGCAAUGUCAGUCACAAUUAGGUCACUCAUUCCAGGACAUAAAUGGACCAUUAGUUAUAUAUAUAU